AUGACCAACCCAGAGUGGCAAGUUCUUGAAGACUUUGAAAAGAUCCUAGAUGUGCCUUAUAGAGUACAACAACAGAUGUCGUCUGAGAGCAUGCCCCGGUUGGGUAGUGCAGUUCCAUGCUUCGAGUUGUUUACGACUGCAUGGGAAUCACUCGCUAUCAGAGUUCCUCGACUCUGUCCCUUCAUUAAUGUUGGCUUGGAAUGGGCCAAGUCAUAUUAUGUUCGCAUGGACCUGACAGAUUCAUAUGUUAUUGCUAUGUUGACUGAUCCCUCAGUCAGACUUAGUUGGAUAAAGGACUACUGGGAGGAUGCUUGGAUAAAGCAUGCUGAAUGCAUGAUCCAUGACCUCAUGGUGGAAUACCGAAAACAAAUUUCACCUGAGGCUGUCAAGCAGUCGAAUACUACUCGCACCUCCAAGGCUGACACGAUUAACUCACUCGCUCAACUUUAUGGCCUCAGAGAUAUGCGCGUGAGGCACCCGCAGCAGUCUCAAGGUCCACAGACUAUCGAGCAAGAGUAUGAGUCUUAUGUUAAUGGUGACCUUUGGGACGAACAUGUUGAGAUACUCAAAUUCUGGGAGAAAGAAGUCAUGAAGGAAGUGAAGCAGAUUAUAUGGAGAAAUGUGUUACUUGAGAAUACAAUGCCCAACAUGACCAGCAAUAACACUAUGGCUCAAGCUGCUCUUCUGGAGGCAACAAAACAUAUUAUCCAAACUAUACUACGCACCUGA